AUGAAAACAGUUUGGCUUUGGAUAGCUUAUUUUUCAUCAGCAGCUGCAAUUCUCGUUAUUGUUCUAACUAUCGGAUAUGUUGCUCGCGAUAUAAAUGAAUUCUAUGCUGAAACAAUCGAUGAUCUGGAAAUAUUCAAGAUGUAUGAACGAGAAGCAUGGAUCUUAAUAUUAGAAAGCUCCUCAAAAUUCAGUUAUCGAAACAAACGAGAUGUUCAAUGUAAUUGUGGGCCGCAAUCAAACAAUUGUCCGAGUGGACCACCUGGAUUAAUUGGAAAACCUGGAAUUCAAGGGGAAGAUGGAAUGCCUGGAUUUGCUGGUCGAUCAGGUUCUAGUUUUUCCCAAAUAGGCCAAGAUGGUUAUUGCAUAACUUGCCCUGCUGGUCCUCCAGGACUUUCUGGUCCUAUUGGUGCGAUUGGAAUUGUUGGACCAAAUGGUCUUCGAGGAGUUCCGGGACGCGCAGGGAGCACUGGACUACCUGGUAUUCCUGGUUUACCAGGAGAUGCUGGAAUUCAAGGCUCUACAGGAUAUCCUGGUCUACCUGGAAAUCCAGGCUCACCUGGAAAACGAGGAAAAGGAUUUCCGGGACUCGUUGGUGUUCCUGGGCCAAUUGGAGAAAAGGGAACACCAGGAGCACCUGGAGCGAAAGGAAACGUUGGUAAUCCUGGAAAAGAGGGGCUAGUCGGAGCUCCAGGUAAGAAAGGACAACAAGGCAAUCAAGGAUAUCCAGGAAUCCAAGGAAUAUCUGGAACUCCUGGAGCUGAUGCAGGUGAGACUAUAAUGAAACAAACAAAAUUUCACAACAUGUUUUUUCAGAGUACUGUUCGUGUCCAGCUCGUUCAACUGCAACACAUCAUCGAAUGGUUUCUCGAACUAGUGCAAAAUCUCGAUCCCGUGUUUCAGCCAAAAAACGCGCAGCUAUCAAAAAUCGUCGACUUUCAGCUAAAAAACGUGUUGCCCGUCAACCAACAAACAAAUUUUUCUAG